AGUUAGUCUAACUUCUAUCUCAUGAUUACUGAUCGCACGUCACACCCUCGGUCAAGCGCUCUUUCCUCCUCACGUUCAAUGGCACUAUCGAUCAUAAAUCAAUCCGAAUCUCACGUACAUUCACAUCUCUGUGACACCUUAAAGUCGUUCAUAAAAGAUCUUUAUAUCUGACCGUUUCUCGAUUCAACAUCACACUACGCAUGACCACAUCUCCACGACCUAAAGUUCAAAACAUGGCGACCUUCAAAGCAGAAAAAUAUGAAGCGACACGCAUCACAAUCCAAUCACCAAAUUCCUUCAAUCAAGUCCUAAAGAACCUCUACUCCUCAAUCAGAGACCCAAGCCGAGUCGAUGAAUGGAAGAAAAAAGCAAAGAGUAUCACCUCUUAUUCCGACGAAUCAAGAAAGCAAUUCGAAGACAACGUAAACUCAGCUAUCGGCCCACAUGGAUUUAUGAUUUUCCAAGAAUUUGACCACGGCUCCUGGAUCCCCCUGUUCAACGUAGGCUCUGGCCUCAAAAGUAAACGCAUCAUCCUGGGCAAUCCACUGGUCGCUAUCACGAUGCUGAAACACGACAUCACGGCUGGAUUGGCGGUCCCGGUAGAGAUUCUGGUCAGGGAAUUGGAGAAGGGGGGACGGACGGAGGUGUUGUAUAAUUUGCCGAGUGGCUUGAUUGCAGGGUUGAAUGAUAAUGAGGAGUUGAGGGCUGCGGUGGAGGUGUUGGAUAGGAAGUUGGAGAGGUUGGUUAGAGAGGUUUGUGAGUGAUUGUCGCUGUUUCAAAGUCG